GUGCGGGCUCCGCCCCAGUCGCAUUCUGGGGCGCGCGCCUAGCUCCGCAAGUGAACACGGGCUGGCCCGUCCUGGUAGAGCAGUCUAGUCCUCGCGCUUCGUGGACUGAUGUGCCCAGGUGUCAUCGGGGCGUGGGGGCGUGCAAGCCUGAGCGCAGGUGAAGUUCUUGAAGAGGGCAACGCGGUGGCGAGGAGAUGGAAGCGGAGGAGCCCUGCGCCCCUACAGCGUCCGAAGCCCCUGGCGCCCGGGGAGCCCAGCGCGCGCCGGGUCCCGAGCUGCGCCUGACCAGCCAGCUGCUGCCGGAGCUCUACAGCUUCGUGGUGCGCGUGCUGCUCUACCUGGCUCCCGUCUACCUGGCCGGCUACCUGGGGCUCAGCAUACUCUGGUUGCUGCUGGGCGUCCUGCUGUGGAUGUGGUGGCGCCGGAACCGCCGCGGGAAGCUAGGGCGCCUGGAGGCCGCCUUUGAGUUCCUCAACAACGAGCGCGAGUUCAUCAGCCGCGAGCUGCGGGGCCAACACCUGCCGGCCUGGAUCCACUUUCCAGAUGUGGAGCGAGUGGAGUGGGCCAACAAGAUCAUUGUCCAGAUUUGGCCCUACCUGACCAUGAUCAUGGAGAACAAGAUUCGGGAGAAACUGGAACCCAAGAUCCGGGAGAAGAGCUCUUACCUGAGGACCUUCACCUUCACCAAGCUCUACUUUGGGCAGAAGUGUCCCAGGGUGAACGGAGUCAAGGCCCACACUAACAAAAGCAACCCGAGACAGGUGACCCUGGACCUACAGAUAUGCUACAUCGGAGACUGUGAGAUCAGUGUGGAGCUGCAGAAGAUUCAUGCUGGUGUGAAUGGCAUCCAGUUGCAGGGCACCCUGCGGAUCAUCCUGGAGCCUUUGUUGGUGGACAAGCCCUUUGUGGGGGCUGUGACUGUAUUCUUCCUUCAAAAGCCGCACCUGCAGAUCAACUGGACAGGCCUGACCAACCUGCUGGAUGCACCAGGAAUCAAUGAGGUGUCAGAUGGCCUGCUGGAGGACCUCAUUGCUGCCCACCUGGUGCUGCCCAACCGCAUGACCGUGCCUGUGAAGAAGGGUCUGGACGUGACCAACCUGCGCUUCCCUCUGCCCUGUGGGGUGAUCAGAGUCCACUUGCUGGAGGCUGAGAAGCUGGCCCAGAAGGACAACUUCCUGGGACUUGGAUGCAAGUCAGACCCCUACGCCAAGGUGGGCAUCGGCCUGCAGCACUUCCGGAGCAGGACCAUCUACAAGAAUCUGAAUCCCACCUGGAACGAGGUAUUUGAGUUCAUGGUGUAUGAAGUCCCUGGUCAGGACUUAGAGGUGGACCUGUACGAUGAGGAUACUGACAAGGAUGACUUCCUGGGCAGCCUGCAGAUCUGCCUCGGGGAUGUCAUGACGAAUAGAGUGGUGGAUGAGUGGUUUGUCCUGAAUGACACAACCAGUGGACGGCUACAUCUGCGGCUGGAGUGGCUUUCACUGCUCACUGACCAGGAGGCGCUGACAGAGGACCAUGGUGGUCUUUCUACUGCCAUCCUUGUGGUCUUCUUGGAGAAUGCUUGCAACCUGCCGAGAAACCCUUUUGACUACUUGAAUGGUGAAUAUCGAGCCAAAAAACUCUCCAGAUUUACCAAGAAUAAGGGCAGCAGAGACCCUUCUUCCUAUGUCAAGUUGUCAGUAGGCAAGAAGACAUACACAAGUAAGACCUGUCCGCACAGCAAGGACCCUGUGUGGAGCCAGGUGUUCGCCUUUUUUGUGCACAGUGUGACAGUUGAGCAUCUCCAUCUGAAGGUCCUGGAUGACAGCCAGGAGUGUGCGCUGGGAGUGCUGGAGUUCCCCCUGUGCCAGAUCCUGUCCAGUGUGGACCUCACCCUGGAGCAGCGCUUUCCGCUGGACCACUCAGGCCUGGACAGCCUCAUUUCUAUGAGGCUGGUGUUGCGGUUUUUGUGCAUAGAGGAACGAGAGCUGGGGAGCCCAUACACAGGACCCAAAGCCCUAAAGAAAGGGCCUCUGUUCAUCAAGAAGGUGGCUACCAACCAUGGUCCCAAAGACCCACCCCAAGGAGAAGGCCCUGCAGAGUUGCCGUGUCCUCUCGCCCCUGCUUCUGACACCACGGAUGCCUGCAAGAGCACCUUAACCACCACCACUGUUGCCAACCCUGUAACGCAAGAGACAGGCCCAGAUCCCAAAGGCAAGGACAGUGCCAAAGGGUUCUGUGAGCCUGCAGGGAAGAAGAGCUCAGCUACCAUCUUCCUGACUGUCCCAGGCCCCCAUUCUCCAGGGCCCAUCAAGUCACCCAGACCCAUCAAGGGCCCUGCCUCCCCAUUUGUAUGGCCACCCAAGGGUCUGCUUCCCAGCAUGUCCUCGCUCAACUCCCUGGCCUCUUCCUGCUUUGACCUGACAGAUGUCACCUUCAACUCUGAAAUUGGCAGCUGCAGACCGCAAGGGCUUGGUGAGAUCCAGCUCACGGUGCGCUACGUGUGUCUGUGGCGCUGCCUCAGGGUGCUGGUCAAUGGCUGCAGAAACCUGACUCCAUGUAGUAGCAGAGGAGCUGACCCCUACGUCCGCAUCUACCUGUUGCCCGAAAGGAGGUGGGCAAGUCGCAAGAAGACCUCAGUGAAACGCAAGACCCUGGAGCCCCUGUUUGACGAGACAUUUGAAUUUUUUGUUCCUAUGGAAGAAGUACAGAAGAGGUCAUUAGAUGUUGCGGUCAAAAACAGUAGGCCACUUGGUUCACACAGAAGGAAGGAGUUAGGAAAAGUACUGAUUGAUUUAUCAAAAGAAGAUCUGAUUAAAGGCUUUUCACAAUGGUAUGAGCUGACUCCAGAUGGACAGCCCAGAAGCUGAAAAGUGCCAUUAUCAUCAAUGUUAGAAUGUGUACAUAUGUAUAGUAUUUAAAUAAGUCACUUGUUGAAUAUAUAUAUAUGUAUAUAUUGUAUAAAAUUUAGCUAUGACUAGAUUGGAAGAGGCAGUAUUAUAUAAAGGCAAGAACUACUUCAUCUUGGUUAGAUUUGUUCAAAUCCAGAAAGAAAUGGGAUAUUAAGUUAUCAAAACUUCAGGGGUAGACUAUUUUUUUACUUUUGGUAGGUAAUUAGACACAUUUGAUAGACACAUUUGACUUAGGACUUGACUGAAUGUAUGCAGCAGAAAGUGUCUCAGCCUUGACAUAAGGGCCAGGAGAGAUCUGUUCCUGGAGCACUUAACAGUUAUUCCUGGCCAGUUAUUGACCAAGGGAGGGAACUUCUGUGGAAACACUGACCCAACAGCUAACACUGCCAAAGCCAUUCUGGCUGUCCCUGUGAUAUUUCUAUGGUUGGAGAUUUAGUCCUGUAUCUGAUUUGGAAAAUGCAUUUCCCUAAUGACAACUAUGUUAUAACAACAUACUUAAAUACUCUGGAAAUAAUUCCACAGGCUAAGGGCUGGCCCUAGGCUAUGCACUACAGUAGGAACAUGGAAGCCAAUUUCCAAAGCCAGGUCUGAUUUGAACUUACAGCAGAGCUUUGGAGACUCCCACAGAGUAUAAUUACAAACUUGAAAGUUGUCACUUUUUUUUUUUUAGGAGAUAACCUUUAACAUUAUUUAAGUGAACCAGCUAAUUGUAUACAAAAAGUGCCUCUUUUGCAGUUCAAACUUGAAAGAUCAAAUAGACUUAUUCCUUCUUCUAUGUUCUUACAGCUACUGUAAACAUCAUGGCAGGAAUGUUGUCUGAGUGGUAAGGGGAGAGGAUCUAAGAUGGUUUUUGUUUUUGUCUUUUUGAGAAAGGCUUUCACUAAGCAGUUCAGGAUGUCCUUGAACUCACAGCAGUCCUCCUGCCUCAGGGAUUACAGGUGUGUCCUACCACAUUCAGCCUCUGUCAUAAGUUUUUUGUCCUCACCAAUAUUAUUUUUCUUUCUUUUUUUUAUUUUUGGUACCAGGGAUCGAACUCAGGACCUUGCGCUUGAUAAGCAGGUGCUUGUGCUGCUGAGCUAAAUCCCCUAGCCCAACAAUACCAUUUUUCUAACGAAUGGCAACAUUUUAAACAUAUUUGUUCUCACAAAUUUCUGUAAAAAUCAAAAUGCACUCCUUAAUUUUUGCCUUUUAGAUGUAAGAUAACCAGGUUUCGGUUGCUUUAUUCACCUACAUUAAGCCAACCCACAAUGAAAUGGCCUAUUCCCACCUCCUGUAGAGUGUUUCUCAUAUUAACAAUCAUAACAGUAAAAUAUUAUACAUGUUUACUAGGUAUUGACUAAGGUCACAUGCUAAGCUAUGUUACGUAUGUCUGGUAUUUAAUGUUUCGGUUUACAUGUCAGUUGAACUGUUACCUGAACUGUUCUUCACCCUUGCCAUCCUAACCUGUGCAAUUCUGAACAAUGAAUUCUCAGAAUAAACUAUGUCAAGUGAUGUUUA